CACAAGUAGAUUUUUUUUUUCAAUUUCAAAUUUAUAAUUUAUUUUUGGUGCUUUGUGAAAUUUAUUUUAUCUAUUUAAGUUGAUAAACGUAAAUUUGCUCCUUUAUAGGAAUGUGAGUGGUAUUUUUGCAGCUUUUAAAAAUUAAGGGUUAAUUAUAUAUAUGCACUUUAACAUAAACUUUAGGUGUAUAUUUAUUCCAAAAAAAUAGAACAAGGAUAUAUUUGUUCCCACAUGUAGACUAAAAGGAUAUAUUUGCACCUUUCCCCUACAUAAAUAUGUGUGUAGGUAAAACCGAGAACUUCAUUUUAAGACAAAUGAAGUGCUUAUUAUCUAAAUAUUUAUCACUUUUUCUUAAUGGAUACCCCCAAUAGCCAAAGUUUGUGGAUCCACCCCUGGGGCAGACACAUGGGUUGAGGGAGAGAGGAGUUCGAUGGCGAAUGACUAUCAAAGGAGGAAGCGGGUGGUUGAAGCACGAUAUUUUGCUAGAUUUUUUAUGUGGGGAUGCAGGAAAGAGAAGGGGAAAGAUGCAUUGACAAAUGGGAAGGGAACCGGCUGAGGUUGACGAGAUCUUUUUGAAGAUCAGUUAGCGCACAUGAAGAGGAUUUGAAUUAAAAGAGAGGGUUUAUAUGUGGUGUACACGGACAUGUAAAAAUGGAGGAGGUUGCGGAGGCCCCGUGUUUCCCCAAGGGCUGGUCCAAAUUAGUUUAGAGGCGUACAAACUAAAAAUGGACUUGCGUUUCAACUUCAGAGCUCAGCACUAACCAGGCAACACUCCGUCUUCUUCGUCUCCUAUUUCACGUAUGAGAAGAAUAACUAUAAUCCCAUUUAAUCAUUUAUACUACUCUCAAUUACAAUGCUUCUUCAUCUUCUUCAAUUGAUUUGAUCUGCGUAUAACAUUAAGAUCCCAUCAUUCCCUCUCCUUGUUGCAUUACUGGUCUACUACAUACUUCAAACGAGUAAAGAGUAAGAGCCUGCGCGCGCGCUUGACUGGGAAUCAGACAGAGGAGAAGGAGUUGGGAUCCUCGACGAUGUCGUCGUCGCUGAUGGCUGCAUGCGUGCCAGUUGGUUUCGAAAAGGGCAAUGCGAAGUCGCGAAUCGGCCGUUGUUCAAUUUUAUUGAAUCUGGAAUGCAGGUCAGUGUAUGAUUAUUCCCGGACUGGUGGUGCUGGAAAAACGAGAAGGGGUUCCUUAGCGGCGCUAAAUCUUACUAGCUCUGGAUUCUCUGCCCGGACUUCCACAUCCAAAUUUGCUCUCAAUGGCUUCUCUUCUUUAUUUUGGUCUUCGAAGCAUGCUUUUCUGAGUACACACUUCCAAUGCAAUAGCUCCAAUCGCUCUGGGAAAGUAUUGGCCACUGCUACACAUCAUGCAAAUGAUGUUGUUUCAAAGGAGAAAUCUUUCAUUAAAGAACGACGAGUUGUUGUGACUGGUAUGGGCAUUGUAUCUCCUCUUGGUCAUGAACCCAAUGAGUUUUAUGGAAACCUACUCGAAGGCGUUAGCGGAAUUAAUGAGAUUGAAGCUUUUGAUUGUUCCCAAUACUCAACAAGAAUUGCUGGAGAGAUCAAGUCAUUCUCCACAGAUGGCUGUGUUGCACCCAAACUUUCACAAAGAUUGGACAGGUUUAUGCUUUUCUUGCUGAUAGCAGGAAAGAAGGCAUUAUUUGAUGGUGGAAUUACAGAUGAUGUGAUGGGUGGAUUGGACAAAACGAGGUGUGGAAUUUUGAUUGGCUCUGCUAUGGGUGGAAUGAGGAUUUUCAAUGAUGCGAUAGAAGCCUUGCAGAUCUCCUACAAGAAGAUGAACCCCUUCUGUGUACCAUUUUCGGUUACAAACAUGGGCUCUGCCAUUCUCUCUAUUGAUUUGGGCUGGAUGGGUCCAAACUAUUCAAUCUCGACUGCAUGUGCAACGGGUAACUUUUGCAUUGUGAAUGCUGCGAACCACAUCAUAAAAGGUGACGCUGAUGUGAUGCUUUGUGGUGGAUCUGAUUCAGCAAUUACACCAACUGGAGUGGGCGGAUUUAUUGCUUGCAAAGCACUGUCUCGGAGAAAUGAUGAUCCUACUAGAGCUUCACGACCUUGGGACAGUGAUCGCGAUGGGUUUGUCAUGGGAGAAGGAGCAGGGGUUCUGCUCUUGGAAGAACUGGAGCACGCAAAGAAAAGGGGUGCUACGAUCUAUGCUGAAUUUCUUGGUGGAAGUUUUACUUGUGAUGCUCAUCACAUGACAGAACCUCAUCCAGAAGGUAAGGGUGUUUUCCUCUGUAUUGAAAAGGCCCUAGCUCAAUCUGGGGUUUGCCGGGAUGAUGUUAACUAUAUAAAUGCACAUGCCACGUCGACCCAAGCUGGUGAUCUCAAAGAGCUCCAAGCACUUCUUCGCUGUUUUGGUCAGAAUUCAAAGUUGCGGAUAAACUCUUCAAAAUCUAUGACUGGUCAUCUCCUGGGAGCAGCUGGUGCUGUAGAGGCUGUAGCAACUAUUCAGGCAAUUCGGACAGGGUGGAUUCAUCCAAAUAUCAAUCUUGAUAACCCGGAUGAAGGGGUGGACACAAAGUUUCUUGUGGGCUCUAAAAAGGAGGAACUGGAUAUUAAGGUAGCUUUGUCUAAUUCAUUUGGAUUUGGUGGUCAAAACUCAUCCAUUUUGUUUGCACCAUACAAGUAAACAAUUUUUUUGGGGGAAGAUUGACUCAUCUACUAAAGCUGAAAAAGGUUCAUACAGAUAAAUUGGUUUCAAAUUACAAGUAACUGUGGAUACUGUAGUUGCCUUUCAAGAGGAAUGCAUCAAUCCAACAUUUUGUGUACAAUUUGCUUCACUUAGGAUUAAGUUCUUCCUCAUUUAUUUUACCUGUUUAGGAUUUCAAAAGAUUGAGACCAUAGCUUGUUUGGGUUGCUCCAAAGUCACUUUUGUAAAUAUUACUUUUGGCUAUGCUUUUCAUAUAUUGAAAAUAAGCAUUGUAAAUCAAUUUUGUGCUCUAUUAGUUUACAGGCUUGAAUAUAGAAGGAUGGCUAUCUACUU